AUGGGCAACGGUUUCCAAAAUCGUGUCUCCUCUCUGGGUAUCGUGGGGGCAGCUGUCGACAAGGGUCAACCAAAGGACGGAGUUCAGAAUGGACCGAAGGCGAUUCGAGAAAAUGGUCUUAUUGGACUUUUGAAGAAAUUGAUUGAUCGACUUAACCAAAUCCUCAAGGCUUACGUGCUGCUAACGCUUUACUACUCAAUGCUAGAUGCAAAAGUGAAUGACUACGGAGAAAUUACCCAGCCAAAGGAUAGCGAGCCGGAUGUCAUUUUGAACUGUGAGAACCAGCGAGCACUGGUAAAGACCACUUUGGAGCUGACAGAAUGUGUCUCGAAAAGUGUGAGUGAGAACGACAUGACGCUCAUAUUGGGUGGCGAUCACAGCAUCGGAAUUGGGUCGAUUGCGGGUCACUUGAAGACCUUCCCCAAUUCCUUCGUUGUCUGGGUUGACGCACACGCUGAUAUCAACACGCCUGGCAGCUCUGAGUCUCGCCACACCCACGGCAUGCCUCUCUCUUUUCUGCUCACCCAAACCAGCAAACUCAUUCCGCAAACCCAAGGCUUCGAAAACAUCAAACCUGUUCUCGAGGCUAACCAACUCCUUUACAUCGGACUUCGAGAUGUUGAUUUGCCAGAGCUGAAGUUUAUAAAGGAGCUCAAUAUUCCGUACUUCGAUAUGCAUGAUGUGAAAAGACUGGGCAUCCAAAAUGUCAUGGAGAUUACUCUCAAGACCAUAAUGCGAUAUUGUCCCAAUUGUCAUAUCCACCUGAGCUUUGACAUUGAUGGGUUGGAUCCCAAAUACGCUCCCAGCACAGGAACCCCCGUUCCCGGUGGUCUCUCGCUGGAGGAGGGCAAGUACAUUUGCAGGACUCUUGGUCAGACGGGGCGGUUGAAAUCAAUGGUGGUAGCGGAGGUCAAUACAUCCCUUGGGUCAGCUGAAGACGCGACGGUAACGGUGAAAUCUGCUCAAGAGAUUAUCAAAAGUGCUCUGCUCCUGGACUAG